GAGAGCUGGGUGAGACUGCAUGCAAGAGGAAUCUGGCUGAAGGAAGUAUUUUCCACAUUUUGCCACUUUGACUAAAAACCUGUCAAGUGUCUUUUUGACCAUCUCCCAAAAUUAAAGUCGGUAGUUUUAAGUAAAAACUUUGGAAACCAUUUUUGCAAAAAGACGAUGAAUUCCCUGACAAAUGUGAAUCCAAGGGUGAGGGGGAUCAGAGUCUCACCACAGAGUCGACUGCAGAGUCUGGCUGCACACAUCACACAAGAGAUCACACUGGGGGCGCUGACACCUUUUAAAGAGGUGAUCGAUGUCAGCUCAGGUGAUCCCCACAGAGCAGGUCUGAAACCCAUUACAUUUGUUCGCCAGGUUAGUUUCAGGUCAUUUACAUUUUUUUUUUCUAUGCUUAUAAUAAUAAUAAUUUUCAAUAAUUUUAUAACAUUCAUUUAUAUCUUUAUUUUGUAGUCAUAGUAAUUGUAUAUUGACUGCUGUUAUGUUAUACAUUUUACAUUAUCCUUCUAAUCACAAAUGUUUUGCUGAUCCUUGAUUACUCUCUUCAUAUUCUAUUUAGGCACGUUAUUUUAAGUUUGUGUUUAAUAUUUUUCCUAACCAUGUUCUCUGUGCUGCAGAUUUCUUGACUUUGAUAGUCUUUUUCAGCAAGAUACAUUGCUGGUAAGCAAAGUUAUAUAAAUAUUCUCUAGCUUACUGCCCUAAGUCAGGCCUAUUUCCUCAGGUCCUGGCAGUGUGUCUGCUUCCUCAGCUGCUGGAAGAAAAAACUCUUCCUCUGGAUGUCAGGCUGAGGGCUCAGAGGCUCCUGGAGGCCUGCGAAGGAGGAAGUGUGGGUUCCUACACAGCCUCCUCUGGCAUGCUUCAUGUCAGGCAAAGCAUUGCUGACUUCAUCAUGAGACGAGACUUCGGAGUGCCUUCAUACGCCAAAGACGUCUUCAUUUCUGCCGGUUUUCAAAGGGCCCUGAUGGUGGUUGUGAAGCUGCUGGCCCGUGGGGAGGGGGAGACUCAGACAGGCGUGUUGACCCCAAUGCCCUGCCCACACACCCUGCCAGCACUGCUGGAUGACGCCGGGGUGAAAUUGGUGCCAUACCAGCUGAUAGAGGACCGAGGCUGGGCUGUGGACCUGGACGAGCUUCGUCGAGCUUUAAAGACCGCUAGGGGACACUGCAAACCCAGAGCCAUUUACAUCAGCAACCCAGGAAACCCCACAGGUCAUGUGCAGGACUGGAAAUCAAUAGAGGAAGUGAUUCGGUUUGCAGCUGCUGAGAGACUCUUACUGUUGGUUGAUGAGGUGUACCAGGACAGUGUGUAUGGACAGGGAAAAGAGUGUAUUUCCUAUAAGAGAGUCCUGUUUGAGAUGGACAAGGAGUACUCAGAGACAGUGGAGUUGUUCUCGUUCCACUCUUUAUCCAGUGCCAUGAUGGGAGAGUGCGCCCUGAGGGCAGGAUACAUGGAGCUGGUCAACAUCGACCCCGAGGUGAUGCAUUUUGUUGAUACUAUGCUGUGUACUGAUAUCAGUGCUCCAGUCACAGGACAGCUUGCUCUGGAUCUCAUGGUCAACCCACCAAAACCUGGUGACCUUUCCUAUGAGAUAUACACUCAGGAGAUUCUUCUCACCCUGGCUACUUUGUCUCAGAAUGCUCAGCGGGCUCAGGAGUUUCUGAAUGGUCUACCAGGAAUGAGCUGUCAGCCAGCAAUGGGAGGAAUCUACCUUUAUCCCCGCCUCCGUUUACCAUCUGAGAUUAUAGAGAAGGCCAAGAUAUUGGAGGUGGAGGCAGAUGUUCUGUAUUGUCAGAUGUUGCUAGAAGAAAAGGGUGUGUUAUUAGGAGCAGGGUGCCAGUAUGGUGAAACAACUGGCAACCACCAUCUGAGGUUAUGUAUCCUUGUUCUUCCUGACACCCUGGAGAAGGUCCUGGCUGGCCUCGGCUCCUUUCACCUUCAUGGACACACUUCCUCACCCUGACAUGCAUGUGAAGGACAGAGACAUGGAGGACAUUUUUGUGACCCAACAUGUACCCCUCUUUGAAGAAGGAGAGAUCCUUACCUCAAGUGUCGAUCAUUUACGUUUUUUUCUUUGCUUCACAUUUUUUC